GAGAGAGGAGGGAGGAGAUAAAGAGAGGGUGAGAUAAGACAAUAAGGCAGGUAGAGAGAGUGUUCGGAUGAGAUUGCAUCAGGCUGACCCAACAAGAGGAGGAAACUGAAGAUUAACCUUCGUGUAACAGCCAAGAGAGAAGACUUGUGCAAACAAACAACAAUAGAAGGAACAGAAGAAUAUCGAAGUAAUCCAACUGGAGUUAUAAAAGUUGUAAAAUGUCUCUAGUGGGCGCCUUGCCUUUCCUGAAACCGCGCCUAUCCCCUUCUGUUUCUCCUGGGCGCCAAAGAAGACACACACUGCCAGCAAGCGAGUUCCGGCCGCUCAACACUCAAGAUGCCAUCAGCGUGUUCGAAAUCGAGAAAGAGGCCUUUAUCUCUGUGUCAGGAGACUGCCCGCUCCACCUUGAUGAGGUGCGUCAUUUCCUCAUGCUGUGUCCAGAGCUGUCCAUGGGCUGGUUUGAGGAGGGGAGACUAGUAGCCUUCAUCAUUGGGUCCCAAUGGGACCAGGACAGACUCACCCUAGACGCCCUAACUCUUCACAAGCCCAAAGGUUCCACAGUUCAUAUCCACGUGCUGGCGGUCCACCGGACCUUCCGGCAGCAGGGCAAGGGCCCUAUCCUGAUGUGGCGCUACCUGCAGUACCUACGCUGCCUGCCCUAUGUGCGCCGUGCAGUGCUCAUGUGCGAGGACUUCCUGGUUCCCUUCUACCAGAAGUCUGGCUUCAAGGUGCAGGGCCGCUGUUCCAUCACGGUGGCAUCACUGACCUUCACAGAGAUGCAGUACCCUGUGAGGGGCCAUGCCCUGAUGCGGCGCAACAGUGAAGCUAUUGGUUUUCCUCAGACUGCGUUAUUAUUGGAGAAACAGACUCAGAGGCUUGAGUCUGUGUUAUUAUUGGAGGAACCGAUUCAGAGGAGUGAGACUGCAUUGUUAUUGGAGGAACAGACUCAGAGGACUGAGCCUGAGCCUGCUGAUGUGUAAAUCUUUUUUUACUCAGUUAUAUAUUAGAUUCCUGUCGUACAUAUCAACUAUGAUGUAAAAUAAAGUGAUGUUAACAUUUACAUUUAUAUCUAAGAUGGUAGUCUAAAGUGCACACCAUACAUGCAUGACCAAUGCAGGGAGUCUUUAAGCUUUAUUACAAUGUUUUAAUUUCAGAUACCUAACGUAAUUUAAUAUGUGAAUAUUUCAAUGUUAACUAGCUACAUGCUAAUGAAUGUUAGAACAAAUAUUGUGUGACUUCUGUCUGUGUGAGAUUAUAUUUUUACUGCAAAUGUU